AGCUAGCAAAAACAUUUCUGGAAUCCAAAGUCCGGGCUUACCUGCAAAGAGAACAAUAACAGAAGGGCUUUGGUUAGAAUGGAUUCGGCACAUUCCAAUGGUGUUACAAUAGAAUUAUUCUAGGAGAUAAUAGGAUUUCAUUCUCUUAUAGGUUGCAGAUAUUUACAGUUAGCACUGCUUUUGUCCAAAAAGACACAAGUUUCUGGCGUGCAAAAACACCUGCCAGACUAAGUCGAAAAGGGAGAUAGCUUCCAUAUUUAGAAGUUACACUAAACGAAAAUGUGUAAUUUUUGCUAAGAAAGGAAUUUAAAAUACGUUAAUUUGAAAAAAAAUUACACUAUCAAGACACAGAUGACUUGCAUACAAAUAAAAUAGAGAAUUGAAAUAAAUCCGAUCGUUUAUGAAACGAAUUUAAUUUAAAUUUGUUUAUGCCAUGUAAAUAUUAAUCAGUUAAAUAACUUUAACAUUGAGAACACUUUUGAAAUAAAUUCAAUGUGAAAACCAAAAACAAGAAAUUUACUGAUAUUGAUUUUUUUUUAUCUUGAAAAUGGGAAAUUCGAUUUAAUAUGUCGCAAGUGUUCGUUUGAUUGUAGAAUAAGUUAGUAGAACCUUAGCAUAUUUGAGCAAUCGGUAAGCAAGUGAGACCCACGGCCUGAUCAGAGGGAAAAGCAAAACAAAGGUUUGUGAAACAAGUUUGUAUAGCAGUAACCUCCAACACGGCUGGACUGAUGGAAAUGCAAAUGAACUCGAACCAGGUCGAAAGAAUCCGACAGCCUCGGUCCACCCAUUCUUCAGUGUGAAAAUGUGCGGCAAUCCGAACACGCGCUUGCUCUCUCGGCUCGUCAUCGAUUUCCUGAUUCUUCUGGGGAUCUAUGGAGUCGCCCUGGUGGUGCUGCCCCAGCAGCUGGCCACGGCCCAGCGGGGAUUCCACUGCAGCGAUGCCAGCCUCAAAUAUCCCUACCGCCAGCCCUGGCUGACCAAGGUCCACCUGACGAUCGCAGUGGUGGCCUUGCCGGCGGCCUUUGUGCUCGUGGUGGAGAUGCUCCGGGCCGCCGUGGUGCCCACUUCCACGGAGCUGAAGCAGCGCUUCGUCUUCGUGGGCGCCCGCAUACCCAGCUUCAUCAGCGAGUGCUACAAGGCCGUCGGCGUGUACCUCUUUGGCCUGGGUCUGACCCUGCUGGCUAUCCGGUUGACCAAACACUCGACGGGGCGGCUGAGGCCCUACUUCUUCGACGUCUGCCAGCCCACGUGGGGUGAGGAGGGUGUGGAGGGCUGCUCCGGCCUGUCCGCGGAGAACUCCACCCACUUCCUCGAAGACUUUACCUGCACGGAGUUCGCCGCCUCUCAGGACCUGCUCGCUCUGGUGCGCCUCUCCUUCCCCAGCGGAUUUGUGGCCACAACCUGCUACGCCAUGGGUUUCCUGAUCUUCUACGCGCAGGCCAGGCUCUUCGCCCCCUGGCUGCGAUUGGUUCGAGCCAGCCUGCAACUGGCGUGUGGCUCGGUGGCCUUGGUGUUUUCCUGGGAGCGCAUCUCCACCUACCAGAACCACUUGACGGAUGUGGCGGCGGGCGCUGCUCUUGGUAGCCUUUUGGCCCUCUUCGCCACCGUGUUUGUGGCCCACAUGUUCGAGGAGGUGCGGGUGAAGCGCCGUCAGUGGCCAAGAAACGAGCAGAUCUACGGCUAUGCGGGGUACUACAACAGAGCCACUUUCGGCUAUUAAUAUAGGAUGGGUUUACUAGACUUAGCUAAGGUAAUAAAGGCUUUUAAUUUAUGAACAGAA